AUGUGGUUGCAGCAGUGUGGUUCCUUCAGGGUUGGGAAUGAGCAUGGAUACGAGGAGUUAGGGGACAAGGAAUUGCUACGGCCAGCGAGGAGGACGGGCUCUGGACUGUGCGAGGGUGGUCUCUCGCUCACUCGAGAUCACAUGCCAAAUGCGACCGUCUCAUCGUGGUAUCACCGAGACGGACACUGAGAAUGGAAGAAUCAAGCAGAGAGCGAGAGAGAUAGAGAGAGACAGCAUGAAGAAAAAAAAUC